AUGACAGAAAUGCAAGACCAACCGACCUUUACUCAAAGCCUUAAAUAUACUAGUCUUCAACUCGAGGCCAUUCCUCUGUCCACAACCUCCUGUACAAUCUUGUGUGUCGUAUCACGCGUUGCCUCCCGACCUGUAGUGCCAAGUGAAAUGCGACGAGACGUUUUUGGCGCGUUGCACAAUCUUUCUCAUCCUGGCAUCCUCAGCACCCAGCGCCUGGUCAAUGAGCGUUUCGUCUGGCUAAGCAUGAACACUGACAUCCGCCAGUGGACCCGUUCAUGCCUGGCCUGCCAGAAGGCCAAGGUCGGACGACACAACAAAGCACCAAUUGGCACUUUUCUUGCACCUGACGCACGUUUUUCACACGUUCAUACUGAUCUGGUAGGUUCUUUGCCAAAAUCCUGUGGUUGCAACUAUUUACUUACUGCGAUUGGCCAAUUUAUUCGUGCAACUCCAACACCUAAUAUAACUGCAGAUUCGGUUGCUCACGCCUUCUUGGAACACUGGAUCUCCCAUUAUGGCGUCCCCUCAACUAUUACCACCGAUCUAGGCCAACAAUUUGAGUCUAAACCUUUUAACAGCCUAACCGACCUACUCGGGUGUCCUCGCAUACGCACGACAGCAUACCACCCCUCGUCAAAUGGUUUAGUCGAGCGUUUCCAUCGUCAACUCAAAGCCUCGAUCCGAGCUCAUGACAAUCCUUCCCAUUGGAGCGAGCAUCUGCCUUUGGUCAUGCUUAGCAUUCGUACUGCUCUCAAGCCCGACUUGGAGUGCUCCUCUGCCGAACUUGUUUACGGCACUACGCUACGGGUUAACGGCUAUUUUUUCGGGCACUCUCAAAGCUCAGCCAACUUGGAUCCCACGGAUUAUGUGAAAAGAGUGCGCCAAGCCAUGUCUCAUCUCCAUGCAAUUGCUCCACGUACUUCAGCACGUACACCGACCCUAACUUACUAA